UGGGAGGCACCCCCCACUUAUUAGAUUUCGUCGGAAGGUCCUGCUUGCAUGAGAUGCUGCUGCGCCUCGGUGAGGAAGUCGGAUGAUGUGCGCAAGAGGAGCGACUGAUCCAAGGCUUCUUCUCCAACUUCUGUCGCUGCAAGGACCCAAAAAAGCAACUCAUGAGAGCCACACACCCGAUCUGUUAAAGCGAGGAUCGUUUCAUUAUGUGAAGGAAGGUUUUAGGAACACAUCUGGCUCCGUGCGCCAGGUUGGAGAGCCGGAAAUUUACUUUGCCUUUUUUUUUUCUCUCAUUUUUGCUUGACCGACUGGAAACACUGGGAUUGAAUCCAUCCAUUGAAAUUAAGAACAAGUAAUUUUCUAUUUUUAUAUCUUCCUUAAAAAUCACUUGUUUCCUUCCUUUUUCUUUUUCUUAGAUAAGUGUCUCCAAACUAGGACGCGCAUUCAGUGCCCAGUGUCCAAAUUUAAUCUGAUCCAAUUUCUUUGAAUGCAUCGUUUUUUAAAUUAAAUUUACUUGCAAAACAAAUUAAUUAUCAAAAACAAACUGGGCUUAAAAGGAAGUGUCAGACGGUUUUUUUCUGUUGUUUUAUUACUCUGGAAGAGCUCCCGCACCACAACCGAAAAACAUCUUUCGCUCUUUUGUUUGGCAUUGGUUCCUAGAACUGAUAAAAAUCAACUGCCUGCCCCCAACGCAUUAACUUGGACUGUUUUUUUAAAGCUUAGAUGAACUUUGAGGAGAUGUUAGAGAGGAUGCAAAGGAUCAGAUAAGGCACGGAUAAAGAACAAGAGGAAAAGAGAGAAAUAACCCAGACAUGGCUUCAGCAGUGGAAGGUGGUUGCUCCAUGCUGCUCACCGGCUGGAACAGCAGUGCCAGUAGCUCUGGGGGCUCCACGCCCUGCAACCAGAGCGUCCGAUCCCUAGCCCCUUACUCCCCUGAAGCCACGGCGGCCUUUGCCACCGCCAUAACCCUGAUGGUCGUCUUUACCAUCUUCGGAAACAUCAUGGUCAUCAUCGCCGUGCUAACCAGCAGGUCUCUACGAGGUCCGCAGAACCUGUUCCUGGUGUCCCUGGCAGCUGCGGACAUCUUAGUGGCAACACUCAUCAUCCCCUUUUCAUUGGCUAACGAGCUGCUCGGCUACUGGUACUUUAAAUCUCUGUGGUGUGAGAUCUACCUGGCGCUUGACGUUCUCUUUUGCACCUCCUCCAUUGUGCACCUGUGCGCCAUCUCAUUGGACCGCUACUUGUCCAUCUCCCGGGUUACUUAUGGGCGCCAGCGGACUCCCCGACGCAUCAAAGCCGCCAUUGUGGUGGUGUGGCUAAUCUCUUCUAUUAUUUCCUUCCCACCUCUCCUUUCACUUAACAAGAGUGAGGUUAGUGAUGCAGCAAGUGAGAGAGGACCUCAGUGCCAGCUGAAUGAUGAGCGCUGGUACAUCUUGUACUCAACCAUUGGCUCCUUCUUCGCCCCCUGCCUCAUUAUGAUCCUGGUAUAUGUGAGAAUCUACCAGAUAGCUAAACAGAGAACACGCUGCCCACCUGGGGAACCCAGGAAGGAUGGGGCUGCCUGUGCCACCCCAAGUCAGCCCCCAAGACACAUACAAGCCAACGGGAAGGAUGAAGAAGAGAGCACUCCCCCUUCAGCCAGCAAAACCUCAAAUGCCAGACCCCCCACUCUGGCUAUCACCCCUUCCCCAUCCCCAGGAGAUUCCCAAAGUUCCCAGAAUCCAACCCCUAACAACCUCCUGCAGCCCCCUUCCCAGUCUCCAGCUGUGUCUCCCGUCACAACUCCGCCUGACACUGCCCUUAAUGCCCCUUCGAACCCCUCAUCUAACCCUGCUCCCAAGUCUGCAGCCAAGACCAAGAAGGAGGAGAAAAAGAACAAACGGCUGAGAGGGAAAAGGGCUGACAAUAACAAUGGCGACAGCUCAAGCACAGAGAGCGAUGCAGAGCACAGCCAGGGAGGGGGCAGAGGCAGCACCAGCAUGCCAGGGUCACCUGCUGGAGGAGGCAUUCACUCCCCAGCCUCAGUCAAGCGUUACCGUGACAUGAUUGCCACUUCGAAGGGGGCUCGUCUGGUGCCAGGAAGGAAGUCGAAAACAGAGAGCAAUCCAGGAGCUGCAAGGCGUAAAGCGAUGGUCAACAGAGAAAAGCGUUUCACCUUUGUCCUGGCUGUGGUCAUUGGUGUCUUUGUCGUCUGCUGGUUCCCUUUCUUCUUCUCCUACUCUCUACAGGCAGUGUGCCCUGAGACCUGCGUCAUUCCAGACCCACUCUUUAAGUUCUUCUUCUGGAUUGGUUACUGCAACUCUUCCCUGAAUCCAGUCAUAUACACAAUCUUCAACAAAGACUUCAGAAAGGCUUUUAAAAAGAUUCUCUGCUCAUCCACCAAGGGUACUUUCUUUUAGCAAAUGAAAGUAGGCACUAAAAGCUUAUUUUCAGAACAAUAACUUCAACUUUUCUGAACACUCAAAGGGCUGAUUUAAACAUGUGAUAAAACAAGUAGGUUCUGGUAUGACAUUUAGAAAUGAAAGAGAAUUUUACAGCCACAGUGAGAAAAUAGACAAGUUACACUGUGUUCAAUCAGUGGUUUUAAGCUGAAAGUCACAGAUUUUUGUAGGGAGCGUGUUGAAAACGGGACAUGAAAGAGGGGCAGACUGCGUUAAACUGCUUGGCGCUUCAGCGCUACUGAUAAGAUUCCAAAUGCAGAGUUUUAUCUCCAGAUCAUAUUGACUCAUGGACACUGCCCUGCAGAAAUAUAUACCAAGAUCUACAUCUUGCAGAAAAAGUAUUGAACUAAGUUUUCAUUGUGAAUAAAGACUUUUAUAAUAUGUAUAUUCAAUGUUUUAUAAGUACUGGCUAUAGAAAGGCAAGUGACCUUAGAUUCCUGUGCGCCCCAGGGGCCUUUUAUUUAUCAGCACAGAGCACAAGGAGGACACAAGGUUAGCGGUGAUUUCUUACGUCUGCAGUCUUAAUUUGUCCCGCUGCGGGGCAAACAUGUGUUCCUUGAUUUUAAAGAACAACAACAAGAGAAGGUUUCAAACGAUCUCAGAUGUGAUAGCACAAACAAGGACACUCUUUGAAACUCAACUCGUGGAUGUUUUAUGUGGAAAGCCACCUUUGCUCUUGGCUUUUUGCAGUCCCAAAACGUCUCCUACCUUUUUUUUUCUGUACCACAGAAUUUAACUGAGAUGUUGGUCAUUUUGAAAUCAUGCGUAGGUCAGUGCAAUGUUGACCUGCUGCUUCCUGUGUUUAACUGGACUGUUACUUUUGAUGGACGGGGGUCAUGAGAAUCUCUUGCAAGAAGUUGGACAUUUACGUAACAAUCAAAACUGCUUUGAUCCGGCGUUAGAGCUCAUCAGCAUGAGGUCCAUAUGAAGAAGACUGAAACAAAUAGAACAUUAUUUAAAUUACAAACAUUACUUUCUGAAAAAAACUGCUAGUAUUUAUCAGGUAGACACUUAAAGUGACUGUAAAAGGUGGAAAAACAAUCCAAUUAUAUUGUGAGUGAUGGUCCGCUUAAUUACACCUACAGGGGUUGCGGUGAACAACGUGUCUGAGAGGCUCUUCAGCAGCACCUGGGACACAGUGUCACCUACAGCUACACCUUGUUGGGUUGCUGCAGGGAGGCAAGGCAGGAUGGAUGGAUGCUAGAGGUAUUGACAGUGAUGAAAACAAGAGAGGAAGAUGUGUCUAGCUGUGAACGCCACAACAGGCUUAUUAUUAACUCUAUGGGAUAAGGGCUGUCAGCAGUGACACACCAAUUUCCUAUUCCUGCUGACCUGUAUGAAUGUGUAUGUGUGUUUAUCUGCAUGUGAGAUGACUAUUUGUAGUUGUUUUUUUUUCCUGUGUAGAAAGAGUCAGUGCCUCCUUUGGCUGCUAUGCUACAGAUCUACUGUAAUAUUGAUCAGAGCAGAGACUAGGUUUGCAGGUACAGGCAGCACAUUAUGGUCAGCGGAGAGAUCUGUAUAUUGAGAAUGUCUUACCAAUCUGAAAGCCAGUGUUUCUCCAAAUGUGAUCCAUGUGCAUGGCUUUGUAGUUUGCACCCUGCAGGGACCAAAGAGCCUUACAGAACACCAGCCUGACUCAGUGAUAUUUGGCUCUGUGACAUAAUUAUCAAGUAAUUAUCUUCUUUUUUGGUGUAAAAGACGGUAUGCACAGAUUAAAACUUUGCUUUGCAUUUUCUGCCUUCAUCUAUUUAUUUGUAAUUAUUACCAUGCUUUAAUGCAGAGAAUGAAGCAAACUGAUCAAAGCGUGAGAACAAUGUACAGAUUUCCCAUACGUCGAUGAGAUUGAAAGCCUCUUUUUACCAUCAGUGUUGCUGCUUUGUAAGAGUGCAGUUUAAUUUAAACUCAAAAUAACAAGAAUUCUAAGUAUUUUGUGCAAAAUCCAAAAUAAUAAUAAAAAAAUAAAGCCAUUGUUUCAUCUAGUUGUAGUUACAUGAAAUCUUUCCUCAGAGUUAUAAGCACAUUCAGCAGGGUGCCAUUUUUAUCAGGCAUAAUGUUCUGCAGGAGGAAAACUUCUGUCUGAUUUAAUGAAAUACAUGCUUUGUCUACUUGUUUAAAAGUCCCCUGGACUUAUUUAAACAAGGCAGCUUUUCUAUAAAAGCAGUUCUUUGAAAUGAGAAAAAAAAUGCCAAUGCAGUUAUGUAUGUGUUUGUUUUUUAAAAGGUUUAGUUGCAAAGAUCUUCAAAACACACCAAAAAUAUCCUCCUGUGACGUGUGCUAAUUUGCUUAUUUAAAAUAAGUCAACAUUUAUGGCUUAAAGGUCAUAAAUGCAGUUAAUUGACGGAUUUUUGAAGCUGCUCAUUUUCUUUCUCCCUUAACUGUGUUCGGCCCAAACUGCUCGGGUCUAAGCUGUACAAUCUACUAUCUCCCAUCUGUCUUGGCCUUUCCCCCUUCAGAAAUAAAGCAACUUUAAAAAG